AUGACUGACCGAUACGGCCAUCCCCGCCAGACCGUCUUUGGUCGGAGGCACGCGUCGGCAGCCGCGACAGUCUCAUACUCAGACACAAGACAAACUCAUCCUUCAGCACCGCCCGCCGCGCAGCAAUCACAAGCAGGGCCCUCCACCACCUCCUCGUCCAACACAGGCAUCCGCAGAAAUCUCUUCCAGGGCCAGCUGACGAGGCGGCCCACGGCAGGCCCUGGCAGCAGCAACCCUAAUGAACCAGUGGGGACGACCAGGAACGCGGGCGCCCUUGGGGCCAUGGAGGUAGAGGAGGACGAGUCUGCGUCGUCGGACAUUGUCGUUCGCGACAAAAACGGGGAGGUCGAGCUGGAUGAGCCGCCGAUGCUGGUGGUGGACGACCCGGACGAGAUCGCGCUGGACAUGAGGCAGGAGAACGAGAAGGAGAGGCAGAGACUCGCCGAUGCGGUGAAGCACCAUCAGAACAUCGUGAACCAGAAUAGUGUUCCGGCUCAGCCAGAGGAAUUGUUCGAAGCCGUCAGGGCCAGUCUCAGAGCCAAAGUCGCUGCAUUGUCAGAAGACAAUUGGAUGUAUGAGAAGGAGGAUGAACCACGACUAGUCUGA